AUGGAAUGUCAAGAAGCAGAGGACACGGGGAUGCUCAGCACCAGGGCCCCACGCCUCUUAACCCACUUCACCCUGAGGCUCCACAACAUCCAGGAGCAGGAAAGGACCCAGCAGGUCAUCCCUGUGAGAGGAGCCAUCCCCCACUCAGACUACAAGCCUAGGAAUUUCUCCAAGGGCAUUGCAUUUCUAAGGGACUUUAUUCUGAUGGCUGCUCACUGCCGGGGAAGAGUAAUCAGUGUCACCCUUGGGGCCCACAACAUCCAGAAGCAGGAGAAGACCCAGCAGGUCAUGACUGUGAGACAAGCCAUCCACCACCCAGACUAUAAUCCUAAGAACCUCUCCAAUGACGUCAUUUUACUUCAGCUGGAGAGAAAGGCCAAGCAGACUGCAGCUGUGAGGAUCAUCAGCCUGCCCAGGGGCAAGGCCCAGGUGAAGCCCAGAGAGGUGUGCAGUGUGGCUGGCUGGGGGAAAGUCUCCCCAGUAGACAGAGUGUCCGACACACUGCAGGAUGUGGAGCUGACUGUGCAGAAGGAUGAUGUCUGUUACUCCCACUUCCCCCACCAUUGCAACCAGGCCACCCAGAUUUGUGUAGGGGACCCAAAGAAGAUGAAGAACUGCUUCAGGGGGCAGAAAAUUGCCUGCCAGGCAGAAAAAGAGCCUUGCUGCCCCAGCACCAGCCAGAGGGAUCAGAGUGACCUCAGGGAAGUGCUGGAGUCCCCCUGGGUGAGAGCAGAUAGCAAACUGGGGCAGCGGAAGGCCUGCUUCCUGAGACACCAUCUUUCCGGGGCCUCCAGGACCAUCGUAUAG